AUGGACGAAGCGAGCACGACUUCAAGCGCGGUUUUAUAUCAGGGAAAUGCUGUAUUCCGAAAUCAGCCUUCCUAUAAGAUAUUCAACAAAUCUUUUGAGCAUGUAGAUGACACCCUUUUCGCAUUUCUUAAUGACGUCAAUCACGAAAUACUCAAGGAGGAGGUUAAAGCGCCCUCGCAAAUCUUCACGUGCUACAAUUGUCCGUUGGAGGAUCCGCGGACUGGGAAGCCCGUUAUCAACAGCUUACAUGAUUAUGCCAAAAAGAAACAAUCGGUAGCGUUCCCAAAUCCCCAAGGCCAUUAUUCCAGUCUGACUAGGGAACAGCAGUCUGCCUGUUUGCGUGUUCUGCUAGCAUGGAAGCGAAAUAAGCCACUCUCCGAAAAUGAUUUGGUUAUAUGGCAACAAACGGAAACUAUACGCAGCAAGGAACAGAAGUUAGUUCAGGAGUACAUCUCCAACUAUGCACGCACACAAAAGGAGCUUCUAUAUGAGCCUAUAAGGCGUCUUGUGAGUCUUUAUAGAAAAUGGUAUGAACAGCAAGUAAAAUUACUUCAGCAACUGCCCAAUUUUGAAAGGAGCUAUGUGACAUAUUCUGGUUUUCCGCAACUGCAACAAUGUAAAAGUCUAAACAAUCAAAUAGCAGAUAUAGAACACGUACAGCUGAUCCAACGUACAGGUGAAGUCCGUCUAUGGCCAGUAGUAAAGGUGACCAAACAAGAAUUAUACACAUUGCACAUAAGAUUGGAACGCUAUGCCAGCGUCGUGGGAGCUGUAAAUACUUUUGAGGACAACCAUAAUAGAGAAACUGAGGCAGACGUGUUUGUGCUUCCUCUAGAAUCAUUGUUAAUGCUGCUUUUAGCUGGCUCUUACACGGAUUUGCCAAAGGAAAUGUUGUUGAAAAUACAUCAGGCCGAAGGCAGUGAUUACAAAUGCAUUGAGUUCAAAGACCCUUUGCCGGCACGCAGUUGCGGAUGGCAUACGAAUAGUGCUGUGAUAAAUCAAGCCUAUCGGGCAUACUCCUCACAACCUGGACAGGCACAGUGGGUAAGGUUUGCGGACAACGGGAGCGUAAAUGUUUUAAACGAUAUAGCUAGUCUCGAAUGUGAUGACAGUGAGCGCCACUUAAAUUUAAACGCAGAGUACAAAUUGCAAUUAUGUGAUUUAAAUGAUAUUUGCACAUCUGAGCUUAAAACCAACUCGGCGCUCAUUAAAUGGCGCCUUAACUGUGCGAACACGGCCUAUGACGGGCAAAACUUCAUAAUGUAUACAAGCCUAGAAAUACCAGCUGUGCAGGAUAGGACAGCGAAUCAGGCAGUAGGCUGUCACUUAAUUAAACUGGAAAGCAAGUCUGAAUGUGGCUGUGAGAUAAUGACCAAAUAUGAGCUGCUAAAAGCUUGGUUACAGCUAAAGCUGUUACAGUCCAAUGUGGGUCUUUGCACACGCAUAUCAUUGCACGGUUUCACUCCUUUGCUAGAGGAACAGUUGACUGUGGAGGGAUUAGAACAGCAGCUGCGGGAAUGCUAUCAUAUAAAUAUGCCACAGUUUCUUUGCAAUUUCUACGAGUUUCUAAAAUUAUUGCGUUCAGUGCCAAGUGGAGAUUAUGUGUUGCGAUAUACACAAAAAUACAAAGAUAAAUUCUUGCUCUGCAAGCCAACAGUAGGGAAAACAGCGCACAGCUUUAAAUUGUCUGAUUUGUUAAAUGAAACUCCAACCGAUGAUAAUUUCUGGACUGAUAACACUAGUUACCUCCCAAUUUCACCAACACUCUGCAGUCGCAUGCAUGAGGAGCGAAACUUAUUGCCUCUUGCCUUCCCAGUUCAAAAGAAAGGUGCGAAACCAAUACAGCAGCCAAUAGCCGUAAAGGUGCCACCAAAAAAAGUUCAAGCAAAAACACAGGCGCGUAUAAAUUACAAGAAGUCGAAGAAAUCAAUUUACCGAGCGCGCAGAAGGGCAGCAGCCAGAGCGGAGGAAGAGCAAGACAAAGCUCUGGAAAAGUUUAUGUGUCUUUGAGGCAACAGACAAUUUUCACAUAUUGUAUUAUUGUAUUGUAUUAUAAU